AUGGAAAAUUCAAGUAUUAAUCCACUAAUAUAUAAAGAAAAUUCAUAUCCUGAUGAUAUAUUAAAGGAAACUUCUCCUGAAGAUGAAAUUAAUGCUGAAGAUUUACAACAUAAGACAGCUCUCAAAUUGAUUAAAGAGAUUGCUGAUAAUAUGGAAUUACCUACAGAAACAUAUGAGACUCAAACAAGUGAGACUCAUGGGACUAAUCUGGAUAAUGAAAUAUCUGAGUUUUCAUUAUUAGAUACGAAUCAAAUUAUUAAUAUAGAUGAUGAAGCGAAAAAAAGAAUAGAUGAAAGUAAUUCUAUUGAAUUAACUUCUUUAGAUCCAAAUAGUGAUAUACCAAGUGAGAUAUCCUAUGAUGAAUCUUCAUUACCUAUUCCAAUGCAAAUUUCUGAUGAUCAAAGUGAAGAAAUAGAACAAACUGAAUAUUCAGAAAACAUUCCCAGUAUGCUUGGAUUAUCCUCUUCACAAAAGAAGGGAACUAAUUUAGUUGAAUAUAUAGAGACACCAGAAAUUUACAAGCCAAGUCCUACACUAACCCCAAUGUCACCAAUUGGAAUAGUACCCCAUGAAUUACCUAAAUCACAAAAUAAUGAAGAUCAGAAUUUUUUAUCACGAGCACAGGAUCAAGUAGAAAGAGUAUUACCAACAGAUAAUUUGGAGAAUGAUUAUUUACAAAAAUCUCCAAGUUCAUUUGAAUCUGUAGAACCAGUUCCUUUGCAAACACCAGAAGUAGUAGUAAAACCUAUUCCAAGAAGUGUUACUAGAAAACCAAUAAUACGAAGUAAGGGUCUUGUCCGGGAUUUAGUUGAAAAAUUUGAAAAGAAGGAAUUAUUACCAGUCCAACAAAAGCUAACUUAUGUACCAAAAAGAAAAAUGAUAAAAAAAAGAAAAGAUGGAUUAAAAUCUUUGGAAAGUGAAUUUGAACCUGGUAUUGAUAUAUCUCAAGUAAAACCCAUAGAUGAUUUGAUAGAAAUAUUUGAAGUUGAGUCUCCCAAUAUUGUAUCAUCUACUUUAAAAUAUGACUUACAUAAUAGGAGUGAUACCAGUAUUCAAAAUCAGAAACAAGAGCUUACGCAACAAUAUAUUGAAACUGAUCCUGAAAAACUAUAUUCAGUUGAUUCACUCACUAAGAAGGAAGAAAAUUAUAAUUUGAAAUCUCCAUUGAGUAUUAAAUCUCCGGUUCAACAACAAUAUCAAUCUCAAGAAUUUUCAAAUCAAGCUCUUGAUACUCAAGAAACUCUAACUAGGGAAGGAUCUUUUUCAGAAAAUUCCACAUUAGAUGAGAUUGCAGAUAAACAAUAUAUGAAUGAUGAAGGUAUGAAUAUUGAUUCUACACUAUUCAUUUCAAAAAAUUUAAAAUCAAUAAAAAGAGUAGCAGGUGGUUUGCAAUGGGCUAGUCGUCUUGGAAAAUUUAUAUGCAGCUUAAAACAUGUAUUUCACUGUCACAAAAUAGUUGAUUAUGGUUUAUUUUAUCUAUUUUAUUCACCUAAAAGAUCUGAUUUUUAUGUAUUUUUAGAUAAUAACACGGAUGAAAGUGUAAUUGAUGAGAUUCUAGCUCUUUCGGCGAAAGAAAUCGAACAUUUUAAUUCUAUAGUUAGAAAUACCAUAUCUAAAUAUUCAAAAGGCUCUAAUUUAAUUGUGCAACAAUAUCCUUUAGAAAAAGAUUAUUUUGAUGUAAGUUCGGAUAGUAAUGGAGAUAGUUUAUCUUUUCUAGAUAUAUUAAAAAAAAGCCCUUCUCAAUCCUCUGAGUAUGCUAUAAACUCCUCCCAUAACCAAAAACGGCAAGAGUUAACUAAUAAAAAUAGUCAUUUAACUAGUAAUGUGGAUAUUACGCAAGUAAGAAAUGAAAAUGAGGAAUUUUCUGCAGAACUUUCAAACCUAGAAAAUAAAUUUUCACUGAAGUCUUCGAGUAACAAACCUUUAACAUAUAAAGCUGCCCUAAGUUUAGAAGAUCAAAUUAAAAAAAAGAAGGAAAAAAGAAUGAAUUCUAAUAACUUUGGAGUUUUAAGUAAAAAAGGAAUUUUUAAAUCCCAAGUUAAUAAAAAUUUACACAAACAAACUGAAACACACAGAAAUAUACUAAAUGGCUUAUUGUCUUUAGAGACUACUCCAAAUUUACAAGAACAAGCUAGAAAACAUAUAGAAACAACUGGAAGUUCACUAUCUUCAGGAAGUAUUUCAACCUUGCCUGAAUUGAAUAUAAAAAAAGGAGAUUUAAAACCUCAAGUUAAUAAAGGUAUAUCAGGUAAAGAAUUGGAAGAAUCAUUAAAAAAAGACCUCCAUACUACAGGGAGUAUCUUUACACAUAGAGAUUCACUAUCUUCAGGAAGUAUUUCAACAUUACCCGAAUUGAAUAUAAAAAAAGGAGAUUUAAAACCUCAAAUUAAAGGUAUAUUAGGUAAAGAAUUGGAAGAAUCAUUAAAAAAAGACCUCCAUACUACAGGGGGUAUCUUUACACGUAGACAUUCGCCACCUUCAAAAGGUAUUUCAAUCUUAUCUAAGUUAAGAAAGAAAAAAGAAGAUUUACAAUCUCAAGUUAAUAAAGAUAUAUCAGGUACAGAAUCGGAAGAAUUAUUAGAAAAAGACCUUUAUAUGAGAAUGAAUAACCUAAAAUUUUCAAAUUCGAGAAAAUUACCAACUUCUAAAUCUUCUAAACCUCGCCAGUUAGACCCAUAUAAAAAGAGGCAAGACAAAAGUACUUUAGAUAUAGAUAAACAAUCAUCAACAUCACAGAAAAAUUCUGAUUUGAAUAUAGAAGAUUCAGCACUUUAUAAUUUAUUUCAAAAAAUUAAAGAUGAAAAUAGCAAGCAAAGUUUUGAACAUGUGAAAGACACGAAAACAGGUUUUGAUUUAAGAGAAAAUAAUAAAAAUAAAAAAUCAAUAUCAAGAUCAGAUACUGGUAUUCCUUGGGACUUUUCAGGUAUAAAUAAAAGAAAAAGAUAUUCAUCUUUAGAACCACUAUUAGAUGAUGGUUAUAUAUUCCCUAAGCAAUAUCCAACGAAAAAGCAGUCUCCAGUGCAAUCAUCAAAGGAGGCUAGGCAAUUACGAGAACAAUUAAUGUUGAUUGAAAGUACUAGAGGAUUAUAUGAUCAAGCAGUUGAAAGUGGAGAUAAAUCUAAAAUCCCUGAUCAGACUAAAAAGUUACAGAAGUUAAUAACUGAAAAAGAUUUACUACUUAAGGAACUAGAAGAGAUGAAAGAAAUGUUAAAAAAGAUUGAAUUAGAUAAGACUCAGAAUAAUUCUGCAAUUCCAGACGAAAAGUCUACAGUAGAAUCAGGUUCUAAAGAUGAUCAAGAUAAAGAGAAACAAAAAGAAGAGAAACAAGAGGACGAAGAUACAAAACUGGAAUUUGAUGAUUUCUUAGGAAGUAUACAACUGGAUAGUGAUGCCUUAGUAUUUGGAGAAACUAAUAAAGCUGAUAUUGGAUUAAGUUCUGUAGUUCUCGAUCCAGAAAACAAUCCAAUUACACAUAUUGAUAUUCAAGAUAAUUUUGGUUUGCAGCCUGUGGGACACUAUACACAUGAUAGUGAUGGAAUAGCCCCAAUAUCAGUAACAGUAAAUAGUAAUAAUUUAGAUGGUUUACAACCAGUUGAAGGAGUUCUUUUAGGAGGUGCAUUAUUGGAAGAUAGGUCUGAGAAUCUUCCGAAUGAGCUUGAGCUAUCUUUUGAUGAAGUAUACUUAGCUCAUCAUCCUUCUAUAUUAUACACAGAUCAGAAAAAUUAUAUCCAGCCAAAAAGUGUAAUUAAAAAAGAGUUUCAGAGGGUAAAGUCUCCAGUGAAAAAGAAAACAUCUUAUAGUAAAUUGACUAUAUCUGAUCAGAAAAUUGAGAGAUUGAAAAGGAAUCCAUUUAAAACUCCACAGCAAAAAGCUCAUAUAUUGGGUAUAUUGAAAACUCAGAAAGAUAUAGAAGAGAGACGUAAGGAAGACAAUAGCUUAGAUACUUCGACUUCAAUGGAGAUAUCUGAUGAAUUAUCUAACAUAAAUUCCUCAGAUAAUCAAUCAAAACCUGAAAUGGGGACAAGAAAUAUAGAAAUGAAUAAAGACAUAUAUUUGGGUGAUUUUGAAGAAGCAAGUACAGAUGAUUCCUCACCUGCAAAUGAAUUUGAAGUUUCUGAAUUAAGUGGUGUUACAAAGGAAGUUCCACUUGGGGAAUUUGUUGUGAUUAGAAAUUCUGGUCAGAAGAAAGGAUUAAGAGAAAGUUCUCACUCUAUUUCCAAGAAGUACGUUCCAGAUUCUUCUAAAAUGACAAUCUCAAGAACAAGUGGGUAG